UAUUAGGACAAAACACCACUAGAAUUAAUGAAACCACCACGACGUUGUUUAAUUUGAAACUGAAAGUGAUACAUCACCUCCAAAAGACCUCAUUGGAUUAAUGACGCAGUAAACAAAGCCAGAACAACAAUAAAAUUGGCAGUAUCAGGAAGGAAAACAUGCAUUGUGAAAAAUCAACUACAGAGAUUAAAUCAAAAUGUCAAGAUAGAAGAACGAAAAUCUUGAAGUACGGUGCAUAUAUACCGAGCAAACCAGUGGGACGACGACGACUGAAGGCUGGAGCAGAGAAGGCCUCGGUAGUGGUGAACGCCGGUAACAGAGGAAGCAACAGGAAGACGGACGAGGCAAUGGUGAUGGGCUGGAGUGGGACGACGCAACGAUGAUAGGCACAAAACUGAGGAAGCGGGAGACGGAGUGGUGAGCGGGAGACAGACGAGCAGCGACGUUGGAGGUCACUGGUGGAGGUCAUGAGUGGCACUAGGUAUUUUGAUUUUAGAAACUGAUAGUGAAUUAAAGAUUGGGAAUAACUGAUAAGGGGAAUGAGGGAGUCACAUUUGACAGCAGUGAGCCAGGCAGUAAACCAAGUGAUGGGAUGGGAGUGUUUGGUGGGUGGUCAAGUGCCAAUUUGCACUCCACGUUAGAGUCCCACUUCAUUACUCAACUCUUAUUUUCCAUUAACCCCAUUGAUUAGUCCACACCACAUCGAAUCUCGCGUUUCAAAAUCUAAUAAAUAAGUAAAUAUUAAUUAAUUAGUGGUCUGUAUUGAUAAAUACAACUUUAGUUAAUUAUGAUAAAAACUUGUAAAACAAGAAUCAUACCACGCUGACAACUCGUUAAAUACGGUUCGUUGCCUUCCAUACAUACAAGCAAACUACAAACAGAGUCCUCAACCAAAAAGCACUCUUUCUUUGUUUUCCCCUCGUCAUUCACACUUCAAACAAAAACAUACUCGUCUUUUAGGCUUUGAAGAACGCUAGAGGCAGUCUGUCACAGCCAAAGGCCUUCUUUGAAACUGUACUCUGUCCAAAGGCCUUUGAAACUGUAUUCCGUCCAAUAUGAGUAUGGAGAAACAAUAUUUGGAUUCCGUACUAGUCCCGAUGGGGAUUCUUUUAAUGGUUGCCUACCAUCUAUGGCUUCUCUAUCGAAUCUUAAAACAUCCCACCAAGACUGUCAUCGGCAUCAAUGCCAUCAACCGUCGUUUUUGGGUUCAAGCUAUGAUGGAGGACGGGUCAAAAGGAGUAUUGGCAGUGCAAUCGCUGCGAAACAAUAUAAUGGCGUCGACCUUAUUAGCAUCCACGGCUAUCAUGCUUAGUUCCCUCAUCGCCAUCCUGAUGACGGGCGGGAGCAGCGCCAGCGAUAGAUCGUUCUGGUUUGUAUUCGGAGAUAAAAGCGACCUCGUUUAUUCAAUAAAGUUUUUCUCGAUAUUGGUUUGCUUCUUGGUGGCCUUUUUGCUCAACUUACAGUCCAUCAGGUAUUACAGCCAUGCAAGCAUCCUCAUCAACGUGCCACUUAAUAAGAUGUCCCACCGACACCAGCAUCUCACACUUGAAUACGUAGCCAACACGGUGAACAGAGGCAGCUAUUUUUGGUCUCUAGGACUGCGUGCCUUCUACUUCUCUUUCCCCCUCUUUUUGUGGAUCUUUGGACCCCUUCCUAUGUUCUUUUCUUGCAUGGCCCUCGUUUUCAUGCUGUACUUCCUCGAUGUUACCUUCCAAUUUGGGUGGGCCAUUGGGGCUGUGGAUGACAAUGGCCACAACGAAGACGAGGAAGUAGGGGUGGUUCAACUCGAUCGUAAUCCCUCAAAUUCCUAUUACCAAAUAUAAGCAAUGGUGGCGGCGUUACUUGGUUCAAUCAAAGUUGAACCGAAUUUGCUUUUUAAGUAAUAUUGGCGUGUAUUUAGGUGGUUUCUACAGGUUUAAGGGCUUUUCACAUCGGAAAAUGGUUGAAGGAGAGGUGUUUCGUAAAGAGGAAACUAAAUUGAAAACCGAAUGCUUGCUUUUCCUUCAAUAAAUAUUCACUUUACCUUACUAAGCAAUGCUUUCUAAUGUUAAGAAACUUACAAAAAAAGGUAUGGCGUGUAAUAAUAUAUAACUCCAAAGUUUCUGUUUAUUUAAAAGGAGGACUAUUAUUUAACUCCAAAGAUGAUAUAAUAGUGCAGGUUUUAGUUAAUACAUUUUUGAGGAAGUCAAUUCAAAGACAAAAGAGUUUUUGGUCUAA